AUUCAGCUGUUAGAAGUGACUCAGGAGGACAAGUUCAUGAUUUUAGUCUUCCCUGUAGGAACACACAGUAUUGUUGCUAUAAUAUGGCUCUAGAUGAAACAAAAACAAUGAAACCUGCUCAACGGGCCAUAAGGAAGAUCAGAACUGUAACUUUAGUGUCCAGCUUAACGAAAGGUUGGCAACAAUGGGCGACUGAAAAUUCUAAAAAGCAAGCAGAAGAACCCUCAGGUUGGGUGCCUAACACUGAAGGUGAGGUUAUGGAGAACCACAAGUCAACGUUGAAAGUUGAGUUGAAACCUGCAGUUGUUGUUGCACCAAGAAAAGAUGUUGAAACGAUGGCAGAAAAAAAUGAAGAAACACACAUCAAAACAAAAUCUGUGACAAAAAGUUUUGAGAGCAAAGCCCAGGAGAGAGGAAUGGAUAUUGGUUCAUUGGCUGAAAAAUAUGAAAAAGAUCCCAGUAGCCAGAAAUACGAUGAAUGUAUGCUGGAUAAACUACUGCAAGGCAAUGUGUCUCCAACCCGGAGAAGGAAGUGCUCAAAUCUGGUGUCCAAACUUACCAAAAGUUGGAAACAGAUUGAACAAGAUGAUGAAGGAACCGAAACAUCUUCCAAUACUUUGCCAAAGCUUGCCGAGUGUCGAAGUGAAAGCCUAGAAACCGAAGACAGUGGCUAUGGAGAGAGUGAGGACGUCAAACCAGAUAAAGAGAAGGUAGAAAUCACAGAAGAGAAGAAGGAGGAAGCUGCAAGAAUUAAGCGGUCAUAUAAUUCACAGAAUAACAAGGCAGUAUCAGAACAUAACAACAUUAACAAAGCCCACAAGCGGUACAGCCAAGUGAACAACGUCAAGGGGAGGUGGGAGAAGUGGUCAGGUGAACACGUGGAGAACCAAAAGCUGAACCCUUUCAGUGAUGAAUUUGACCAUGACUUUGCAAAGUCUCAGAGGCUACAAAAGGGCGACGAGGGCUAUGGACGUCCAAAGGAAGGAACAAAGACAGCUGAAAGAGCUAUGAGGGCAGAAGCACACAUACAUCGGGAAAUGAGAGAUCUCUGCUUCAUCAUCUCCACCCUUGCCGAACCAGGAAGAGAUGGGAAGGUACAAGUCACGUUUGGUGAACUUUUUGACAGAUACGUGCGGAUCUCCGACAAAGUGGUGGGAAUCCUUCUGAGAGCCAGGAAACAUGGGAUGGUGGAUUUCCUGGGAGAAAUGUUGUGGCAGGGAAGAGACGAUGAUGUGAUAAUAACAUUGCUGUGACAAACAAAUUUAAGUGACUGAUCAUUUUUU